AUGAGCCUGCUUAACAGCUCCCUAGUUGCUCUUGAUCCAUUUCUGUUCAACCCGUUUUGGAAGGCUGCUACCGCUAUCCCUUCUGAUAUGUUUGCUCCGGCAUGGGCGGUGAAGAACUUAUCAGCCAUUUCUUCAAAUGUUGUUAUGGACCGUGGUGGUAGUUGUGAGUACCAGGUUAGGGCUCCUCCAGUUAGGGUUUCGCCAGACUUUUAUAGUAGCACUGACGAAAUCUUUUCAGAAAUAAGCAAUCAAAAGGGAGAUACUACUCCUACUUCAUUACAAACGUGCAAUAACCUAGGAAGUAAGGAGCGUGGUGUACACGCACCAACAAACUGGAGGAGAUACAGAGGCGUGAGGCGACGCCCGUGGGGAAAGUUCGCGGCGGAGAUAAGGGACCCUAUAAGGAAAGGCGCUAGGCUUUGGCUCAGGACCUAUGAGAUGCCUGAGGAUGCAGCAUUGGCUUAUGAUCGAUCAGCGUAUAAACUGCGAGGGGCACGACCUUAUUGA